CCGGUCGCGAGUUCGGCGUCAAUUUCGGAGUGAAAGUUUUCGAGUUUUUUUUUCUCUGUUCGGAAAAGGAAGAAGAGCGGAAGUGGUGGCAGGAACAGCUGGCCUGCGUCGGAUGAUCGUCGCUUCCGGAAGUGUACUUUGAAGAAUCUGGAAGGAGGAAGCAGCUGCGAAGCUAGCAAGCUGCCAAGAUGAGUUGCCCAAUGCCAGAGAUUGGCUCGUGCAUCUCGCUGAUCUCGAAGGCCGACAUCCGCUAUGAGGGUCUGCUGUUUACGGUGGAUCCGGACCGGUGCACGAUUGCCCUGGCGCGAGUGAAAUCGUACGGCACGGAGGACCGCGAGACGCAGUUCCCGAUCGCGCCGCAGAACCAAUGCUACGACUACAUCCUGUUCCGCGGGUCCGACAUCAAGGACAUCCGCGUCAUCAACAACAACCCGGUGCCGAACGAUCCGGCCAUCAUGCAGAUGCAUCUGCCGCCGCAGCAGCAGCUGCCCCCGCCGCUGCAGAACAAGCUCGGCCAGGCCGGCUUCCAGCCGCAACCGGGCGGCUUCAUGAUGCCCCCGAUCGGGGGUCCCGGUGGUCCGCCGAUGGGUGGUCCCCCGCCCGGCCACACCCCGAUGGGCGCCCCGUACAGCUCGUUCGGCGGCAUCAACAAUCUCGGAGAUUUAAUCGGAGCUGGAGCUGGCGGCAACGCCGGAGGAUCCCGAUCCACCACGCCGAGCAACUUGCUGUCGCGCAAGAGCCCCACCGUGGACAUGGCCGUCCAGACGAACCAGGGCCAGCAGCAGCAGAACCGUGACGGAAACCGCAGCGGCGGAGACGGCGCCAACCUGGAGCAGCGAGGCGGCCACCAGCGCAACCGGAACAACAGCCAGCGGAGCCAGGGACAGCAGCGCGAGCGGCGCGACUCGGGCAAGAACGACGGCGGCCAGAUGAAGGAGAACUUUAACAAGAACAACAUGCAGCAGCAGCGGCAGGGAAGCCAAGGAGGCGGCCAAGGUGGUCAGGGUGGCCAGAACCAGAACCGUGGCGGCUGGAACAACCAGAACCGUGGCCAGAACAACAACCAGAACAACAGCCAGAACAGCAAUAACAACAUGCGCGGACGUCCGCGUGGACCUCGCGGUCCGGCUCAGGGCGCCAACCGCACCAAGAAUCUGCUCAAGUUCGAGAACGAUUACGACUUUGAGCAGGCCAACAACAAGUUCGAGGAGCUGCGGUCCCAGCUGUCCAAACUCAAGGUGGGCGAAGAAGUGAAGCCUGAGCAGCUGAUCAACAACGAAGUCAGCGUUGACACCAAGAAGGACGAUUCGGGCAAUGAGACCGGCGCCGGAGAUCACGAGCCGGAGGAGGACGACGUGCAGUGCUACGACAAGACCAAGUCGUUCUUCGACAACAUCUCGUGCGAGGCGAUGGAGCGGGCCAAGGGCAAGCAGCAGCGUACGGAUUGGCGGCAGGAGCGCAAGCUCAACACCGAGACGUUCGGCGUUGGGUCGACCAGGCGCGGAGGAUACAACAGACGCGGCGGUUACUACAACCGCGGCCCGAACAACUACCGCGGCAACAACCACCAGUACCGCGGCGGCAACAACUACCGGGGACGUAGCCACCACAACAACGGCGGCGGCCAGAACCGCCAACAGAACCACCACCAAGGGCAAGGGCAAGGGCAGCAGCAGCACCAACAACAACAACAGCAGAACGGUCUUCCUCACAACGGCAAUCGCAACAUCACCAACAUCAACACCAACCAGCAGCAGCAGCAGCAGUCCCAGCAGCGGGAACAACAGGCGUUGGCCGCAGCCUCCUCCCAGCAGCAGCAGCAGCAGCAACCGGCUGCCAUCGAAGUUGGAGCGGGUAAAUAAUGCCACUCGACAACUAAGGAUGUACUUUUACUUUUAAAAAGCUGACCAGAGUUCCGUUAAGAAGUAAUCACCAAAAAGAGAGAAUGAAAGAGAGAGUAGCAGCAGCAGCAGAGAAGAGAGGACACCAACUGUAAACACUACGCUGAAAGCCGUUGUUCCCACCCCUGGAAUCGAAUCGGAUGCCGAGAGAGGACGCAAAAGCAAACAAAAAAAUAUCGCGACUCGUUUUCGAACGAGUGUCGGACGAGGAAGAGACCGCACCACCACCAUCGCAACGACCCACAGAGAGGCAGCCCCUAAACGAGGACAACGCCGCGAAACGGCGUGUGUCCCCACCUGCGUUGAUGUCGGUUGGCGGCGGCGGUGGCGGAAGAAGCAAGCAACCGGAGAAUGGAACCGUCCUUUUUCCCUUCGAUUCCCGGUUUUCCCACGAUUUCGAUUGCUGGCAGUCGGAAUGGAUGCGACGACGACGGCGCGGGACAAGGCUUUCACAACACACACAGGACGGCAGGGAAGGGCGCGAAGCGCCCGAAAGGUGAACGAAGAGGGAUUUUUUUUUAUUGAAAAAAAAAAAAAGUUUGGAGAAGGAUUUGGGUGGAAACUGCGCACACUGUUUUUGUUUUUGAAGUCGGUGAAAGUGUGCGCGGGUUUUUGAAGCGAGAAAGAAGGAACUUUAUGAAUAAGGAGAGCUGCAAAUUAGUGGAAGCAAAACUACAAACAAUAUAUUAUACACACACUUACACGAGAGGGAGAGAGAGAGCGCGAGCGAGAGAGAAUUUGUGAGCAGCAUCAAAGUGUGAAGCGCGAAGUACGGUACAAGCGAGGAGAAAGAGCUGGAAUUUAGGAAUUUAAUACCGUCGUAAGUUUACUCACACACAGAGAGAGAAGUAGUAGAACGCCAACAAAUGAGAUGGGAGAUAAAGUAGUAGAACAGCGCGCAAGUGUGUGUGUCGCGAGGGGGAAAGAGAGCGCGCGCGCGCCUCAUUGAACUAGUUAAUUCAAUUGAGAGUACUUACUUGAGUAGCCGAUUACAGAGAGAGAUCGUUCACUUUUUUUCGAUUUUAGUUUCAUCCCUCGUUUGUUUAUUUUUUUUAACUCAACCAAAUUGCAUGAUUUCCUCGAAAGCGCGAGGAAGCUUGGUGAGGUUAAUUUUUUCCCCCCGUUUCGGCUUUCCCUCCGACUGACGAAGAUUGAAUUUUUGAGAGCGCGCGCGAGCGCCGAUUUUCCCACCCAAGUUUAGUUAAUAGUUAUUGUUUUUUUUUCGAGUGGAAUCGGCGACCUCCCCACUUGUGACACACAGCCAAGAGUUUAGAAAACCGUGAAUGUUAUUUCAACAGGUAGAACCGUAAUCUCGCGUAGCAUUUCGUUGGCGCAGGAGAAGAAUAUGAACAAGAUACAUGUAAUAAUUAUGAUUAUGAUAAAUAAUAUUGAAUAAUUAUAAA